AUCUUGCGUGGUUGAUUGGGUAUUAGACAACAACAUCCUAGACUAUGGAUUCAGAUGAUGAAUUCAAUCAGUUUGUAAUGGAUGAAAUCAUUGAUUCCUCAUCUUCAGAUGAUGAGAGGAAAGCUAUUAUUUCUGGUGCCGCACACUUGAUAGUUGAGGAUACGCUUAAUCAUCCGGGUCGAAUUGGUUCCAUUGAGGGACAUGACGUAGUGGAUCGUGAAAGACUAUUACACCAUGAUCUUCUUUAUAAAGACUAUUUCUCGGAUAAACCUACUUUUGGACCAAAAAUUUUUAGACGCAGGUUUCGGCUGAAACGACAUGUAUUCAUGCGCAUAAUGAAUGCUGUUGAGGAGCAUGAUGAAUAUUUUAUGCAGAAGAGGAAUGCGGCUGAUACUCUAGGACUAUCUUGUCUGCAGAAGGUUGUGGCAGCAUUUCGGCUGCUAGCUUAUGGCGUCGCGGCUGAUGCUUUGGACGAGUACAUUCGUAUUGGUGAGAGUACCGCUUUAGAAGCUUUGAGAAAGUUUACCAUCGCUGUCGUUGAAAUUUUUGGACAAGAGUACAUGAGAUUGCCUAAUGAAGAGGAUACUACUAGAUUACUGGCAAUUGGAGCCAACAGAGGUUUCCCUGGUAUGCUUGGGUCCAUAGAUUGUAUGCACUGGACCUGGAAAAAUUGUCCUACUGCAUGGCACGGUAUGUACCGUGGACAUAAAAAGGAGCCAACAAUUAUACUUGAAGCAGUUGCUUCUAAAGAUCUCUGGAUAUGGCAUUCAUUCUUUGGCAUGUCUGGUUCACACAAUGAUAUCAAUGUGCUUCAAAGAUCUAUAUUUGCAAGGCUUGCUGAGGGAGAAGGUCCACAAGUUAAUUUCAAUAUCAAUGGCAAUGAUUAUUCUAUGGGUUAUUAUCUAGCAGAUGGUAUAUAUCCAUCGUGGGCCACUUUUGUGAAGACUAUUCUAGAGCCUCAAGGUAAUAAAAAGAAAUAUUUUGCAAAGGCACAAGAAGCUUGUAGAAAGGAUGUUAAACGGGCAUUUGGGGUCCUACAAUCUCGGUUUGCUAUUGUUCGUGGGCCGGCUCGCUUGUGGAAUGAAGACUCGCUAGGGAAUAUUAUGAGGGCUUGCAUCAUAAUGCAUAACAUGAUUGUUGAAGAUGAGAGAAAUGAGUACACUGAUGAAUAUGAUUGCGACUACGACGACAUGGGAGUAAAGGUGACAGUAUCCCAUAAUGAAGCACCAGAACUAGAAGCUUUUAUUCAGAAUUACAAGAACAUCAAGAAUAAGGGAACCCACACUCGGCUUCAGGCAGAUUUGAUCGAGCACCUAUGGAAUUACCACCCAGAUUUAUACUCUCUUGAUUAAUUAGACAAGGUUGAAUAUCUAUAGUGAAAUAAUUAGCUGCAGUUAAACUCUUACUUAAUCAGUGUGCAGUUAAACCCAGAUUUUAUUUUAUCUACUAUGGCAUGAUGAAGUAAUAUCAAAUUAUGGCAUCUUCUGAUUAUCAGAAGUACUCA